UCCGCUCCCUUUUCCCUUCCCUUCCCCCCUUUCGCCCUGUCCCGUCCCUCGCCGCUUCCUUCCUCCUGUCUGUGCCAUGGAUGGUGUUGUUACAGAUCUUAUAGCAGUCGGUUUAAAGCGUGGAUCUGAUGAGCUUCUUCCUUCUGGCAUCGCUUACGGGCCUCUUACCAUGAGCAAUUCUACUCCUGCUACAGCUAACGGGAAUGACAACAAAAAGUUUAAAGGAGACAGAUCUCCCUGCUCCCCUUCACGAGUCCUUCAUCUCCGUAAAAUUCCAAAUGAUGUCACUGAAGCAGAAGUAAUUUCUCUAGGUCUACCUUUUGGCAGAGUAACCAAUCUCUUGAUGUUGAAAGGAAAAAGCCAGGCUUUCCUAGAAAUGGCUUCAGAAGAAGCUGCUGUUACUAUGGUGAACUACUACACUCCCGUUACUCCUCACCUCCGCAGCCAGCCUGUUUAUAUUCAGUAUUCCAAUCACAGAGAAUUGAAGACUGACAAUCUACCCAAUCAGGCUAGAGCUCAAGCAGCAUUGCAAGCAGUGACUGCUGUGCAGUCUGGAGGCCUGGCCCUUACAGGUGCUCCAGCUACUGAGGGUGGACUACCUCCUGGUCAGAGUUCAGUUCUCCGAAUUAUAGUUGAAAAUCUCUUCUAUCCUGUAACUCUAGAAGUGCUAUAUCAGAUUUUCUCCAAGUUUGGGACAGUCUUGAAGAUUAUCACAUUCACAAAGAACAAUCAAUUUCAGGCCUUGCUUCAAUAUGCUGAUCCAGCAAAUGCACAUUACGCCAAAAUGGCGCUUGAUGGUCAAAAUAUAUACAAUGCUUGCUGCACUCUUCGUAUCGAUUUCUCCAAGCUAACAAGCCUUAAUGUAAAAUACAACAAUGAUAAAAGCAGAGACUUUACUCGUUUGGACCUUCCUUCGGGCGAUGGACAGCCUUCUCUUGAUCCCACCAUGGCAGCUGCUUUUGGCACUCCAGGUAUCAUCUCCUCACCAUAUGCAGGGGCUGCAGGCUUUGCUCCAGCCAUUGGCUUUCCCCAAGCAGCAGGUCUGUCAGUUCCAGCUGUUCCCAGUGCACUUGGGCCUCUUGCAAUCACCACCUCUACCAUGACUGGGCGGAUGGCUAUCCCAGGGGUCACUGGAAUGCCUGGAAAUUGUGUUUUGCUUGUUAGCAAUCUCAAUCCUGAUGCAAUCACACCAGAUGGACUCUUUAUUCUGUUUGGUGUAUAUGGUGAUGUCCAUCGUGUAAAAAUUAUGUUUAAUAAGAAGGAAAAUGCCUUAGUUCAGAUGGCGGAUGCAACACAAGCCCAACUAGCCAUGAAUCACUUAAAUGGACAAAAACUUUAUGGAAAAGUGCUGCGUGUCACACUUUCAAAGCAUCAGACAGUACAACUUCCUCGUGAGGGACAAGAGGACCAGGGUCUCACCAAGGACUAUAGUAAUAGCCCUUUGCAUCGCUUUAAGAAGCCUGGCUCUAAAAACUUCCAAAAUAUCUUCCCACCAUCUGCCACCCUGCACCUCUCCAACAUUCCACCUUCUAUCACAGUUGAUGACCUGAAGAAUCUUUUUGCUGGUACUGGAUGUAUUGUGAAAGCCUUCAAAUUCUUUCCAAAAGAUCACAAAAUGGCUCUCAUCCAGUUGGGCUCUGUGGAAGAAGCAAUUCAGGCUCUUAUUGAGCUUCAUAAUCAUGACCUUGGAGAAAACCAUCACCUCAGAGUUUCCUUCUCCAAAUCUACAAUCUGACUCUUCGGUGACUUUUUCUUGUUAAGACUUUACUCCACCAUUACCAGUGAAACAUUCUUCAGAUAGAGACUGGAGUAGCCAAAAUCAAUGAUGCAUCUUUAAACAAUGAAACUUGAGUGGGUCGUGUGUAUUUUUAUACAUGGUUUAAAAAAUUCAAGGGAUGGUCUUUCCAUAUAUUCUUCUGUUCAAGUAAUUAAUAAUCCACCACAAAAUGUUCUUCUGUAAUAAUAACAAUAUUUUCAGUAGAAGCCCCUCCUUUUUAAAUGAUUUCAGGAACAUAAUUUUUAGUUUUUAUUCCAAAACAACGUUACACAACAUUUCUGUGGCAGAUUAAAUUUGCUAUCAAAAGAAUGUUUUCAAAGUAGACUUAGAGGAUGGCUGAAACACUAAUUCUGUGGAUUUUUUAAAUUAGUAAAUUGACUAAUUUGACUAGGUAACGUAUCAAACUGUACCUGUUAAAAACACUGGAGGAAAGUUUGUGUUUUUCUCCUUGAAGUAACAUCAAAAUAUGCACAGGUCAUUUGUCUUAAUGUGAUCAAAUUGACACUUUGGAACUAGAUAUUGAAUCAUUGUUAUGAGAGUUUAUUAGCUUUUAUUACUAUGAAAUGAUGUGUAAUAAGAUUUUGGAGAAAAUGAAAGGAGAAAUGUGUCCUGAUUUCAAGUUUUGUACAUUUCUUUCAGAAAAAAAAAUGUUUACACUCUUAAGGAAAAAAAUUCAGGUCUGUCAUAUGGUUUGACAAAUUUUUAGAAAGGUUAUUUUUGGUAAGGUAUUGUUUAAAAAUAUAAAAGUAAACCUCAAGGGUUUUUUGUACCACUGUAAUCUCUAAUACUUAAAUCAAAAUUACUGUGUAUUUACUUAAUUUCUUAUGUGCCUUAUUAUGUGCUUAUAAUGAUACAAUAGUUUAGAGUUUUAUCUGAAGUAUCUUUAAACUGUAUUGUGGCUUGGUGAGAUUUUUUUCCCCCUUGUCUUACUUUUUAAACAUUUGGUGAUUUUAAAAAUGUUUUUAAUAAGUAAUAGUCAAAUCAGAUUUUUGGUGCUUUGGUACAGGGAUGGGGAAGUGGGAACUGAAGAUAACUCAGUGCACAUCCUUAUAGGCCUAUUCACAAUAUUUUUAGGGUUGCAGUUGAAUGACAUCACUGUUGAGAUCUAAAGAAUGUUUUCCAAUUUCUGGAUGAUGUCUAACUUGUUGAGCCAUCGGGCUCUUGAAAAUAUUUUGCCUCAGGAUUCUUUUUCACCCUACAGUGCUGAGCUUGCUGUACUAAAUGUAGACUGGUGUUUCUUCAUAAAUGUCAUAACUUCAGUACUGAAUGUUCACUCCUUUUUGGAGAGCAAGUUGAGAUGCAAUCUUACUUUUUGGGGCUGGGUGGGUUAAAUAUAGAUAUACACAAAUUACUUCUAUGAUUGUAAUACAAUGUUUUUAGAGGUAUUGCAAGAUGUUAUGUCUACUGAAAUUUUUCAUUUUUUAAAAUAAGGUAUUUCUCUCAAGUAUAAAGGUAUUCAGUCCUUUAAAUAGUUCUGAAUCUGAACGCAGAAACUUAAGAAAUGAGAUGGAGUGAUUGUGUGUGUUUGUGUGUGUGUGUUUGUGUGUGCGCGCGUGUGAGCGUGUGCUCACUGUCUUUGAGAUUUUAGCAAGUCGAUUUGUUCUGUGAAUACCAGCUGCUGCUUGGCAAAAAUAAUUCCUUAGUUAGAUCUAGCUCAGAGCUCCUUUGUCAUGAAAACCUAAUUUAAAUUUGAGAUGCUGUUUUUUUGGUAAGACCAAUAAAAAAUGAAAGGAAUAGGCAGUGAAACACAUGCUGUCUUAAAUUUAAAUAGUUCUGUUUGUGGAAGAUAGCUGAUGCUCACACUUGAUUUUUGUUUUGUUAGCAAAUAAGUUUCGCUGUGUACAGCUAUGCUAUCUGCCCGGUAAUAACUGACGUUAUUUCCACUUCUCUGUGGCUUCACACAGUAUGAUAGUAUAAACACAACCUAGUAUACGAUGAACUUUUUUUCCAGUGGUGCCUAAUUCUGUUAUGGCACUUGACCCUAAGUGUGCCUCCUUCAUUCCAUUGAUUUCAGUGGACCAUAACUCCAAGUAAGCAUGUUCAGAAUUACAGCAUACUGAAGCAUUAAGUUUAAAAGUUUUUCUGGAUGAAAAUUCCAAUGAAUAUGCCUUCUCCUCAGUAUAAUUUGCUAAGCUACCUUUAAGCUUGGUCACUAUGUGUUUAAAUGCUGCUACAAAGGGGGGGCAUUAUUGGAGUUGAUGAAUGUAACUGAAGCAGGAAAAAAUACAAGUUUUGAGACUAAGCAUUAGCAUGUAUAAUAUCAAGAAUGGUGUGGGUGGGUGUUUGUGCACACGUAUGCUGUGUGAAGUAUCCAGUGUGUAUGUUGAUGCACAUUCCAGGCAUUUAAUUUAUUGAUUUAACUAAUCUUAAAAAAAUGCAACUUUGUAGUGUUAAUUGCAAAAUAAAUGGUAAAUUUAACAAGAAAAAUAAUUCCACUUAGUCCUUAGAAAAUUUCUAUUCUAUUUGCAGUUUAAGUUGUAGGAAGUACAAUUAUAGUUACAUGCCAGCAUAUUUUUUGAAAUUUGAUUUUGCAUAUACUCAUAUUUUGUGUGGUCUCAUCAUAAUUAUAUUCUAGUCUGUAUAAAUCAUCUUGGUUGUAGUGUAUGUGUGUUCAUUGUUUUGGGCUUGAUUCUAUUUUUCUUCAAGAUGCAGAUAUGAGAAAUGGCAGUACAGAGCUUGUACCUAAAACAGUAGUUUCAUUUGCAACAAUAGUUAGCAUGAUCUACUCCUCCCUAUGGAAUGCUUUAGAAAAAGCUGGCUUUACAAUUAUAUUGUCCUUUUUAAAGUUCCUGUGAUACAGAAUAGUUCCAUCUUGAUUCCUUGCUAUUUAGGCCUACAAUGAGUAUCCUCCAAAAUUAAGGUGCUCUAGAGCAGCAGUCCCCAACCUUUUUAGGUCUGUGGACUGGUUGGGGAAGGUGGGCACUCCCCAUGCUCGUGUGCAUGCAUGAACAAGAGCACUCUCUCUUGCACAGGCGGGUGUGCACAUGCGCAAUUGGCAGUGUGGCGCUUGCACGUGCAUGCUGGAGUGCGUGCGCAGGCGCAAACAGGUUAUGUGGGGGUGUGGCAGGAGAUCUGUCUCAGUGUCCCGGUCCGGCUCAGGCCGCAGGCCAGGGGUUGGGGACCUCUGCUCUAGACCAUAUGGUGAUUAGAUAUCAACCUUUGUGCAAACACCUCUUUGUACAAGUACCUUGAUGACAAAUAACUGAUUUUUCACACUACUUGACCCUGCCUAGUAUUUAUUCUAUCAAUUUAAUCUUUCCUGGUUUUUUACUCCUUAAGGAUAAACUUGUGGGGGGUUAAAACUGUGUGACUCUUGCCAUUACUCUGUAGUGGUGUUCAAGUCACAGUCUUCUGUGCAUCAGGCAUUUCUGUUGCCUGUAGAAUUUAUGAUAUGUGCUAGGGAUUUGAAUAUAUUUUGGCUUCUAAUCACAUUUAAAUAUAUUUGCAUAUUGUGCAGUUUGGUGCCUUUCUGGUAUACUGGAUAAACAUUUCCUUGAGUGUGGAUUUGCAGUUUAAUAAAUAAAAGCUUCUACUCAUUAUAAGAGAGUAUAUGCUUUCUAAUGAAGCUGAAGAAUGGAAAAUAUUCCUAAUGUUAUAGUGACCCACAAAAACUAAAAUGGUUCUAAAAAUACUCAAGUCUCAAACUCCACAAUGUUGCGGAAAGCCUAGAUUAAAAAACACUGUAGGAAACCAUUUCUAUACAAUAGGCACCUACAGUUGCUUGUGAUUCUUACUCUUAGAAGUAAAACCAUGAUAGUAAUCAGCUCAGAAAACACACUGUCACUAGCUUUUAAUGAAACCCAGAUGGAAAAAUACUUAAUUUGGAUGGGGCUUGGGAAGCACAGAGUACGUUUUCCUAUGGGCGCAAGUAUAGACUCUUCAAGAGUCCUUAUGUCUUGGGUUCUUUCCUUAGUAGGCCCACUGAUAAUUUGGAUGUACAUGUGCAGAUUUUAAUAUGGAAUUAAAUAUUUGAUUGCAUCAUUGUUCCAAUAAAGUCUUAAAUCCAACAUCUUGACAAGUUACCAAAACUGCAAAUGAACAUUCCUUUUGAUCAGAUUUGAUUGCUUUUAUGUCUCCCACCAGUGGCAUUGAUAAUAUGACUGGGGAAUGUCUUGAGGGCUCUUUGUGCCUAUGUAUACAAACGUAGCCUUGUGUUGUCCAUUUGGUACCUCUUUCUCCCAGACUGAGAGAUUCUGCAGUAGAAACCUACUGCUCUAAAAUCAUGGAUUUUAGAAAGAAAAAAGCCUGCAUCCGCACUGCACAGUUCAGCAUGCCCAAGUGGGGCCUCCAGUCAUGGUCUCUCUUCUGGGAAUAAGAAAUCUGAGAUGUGUUCAUUCAGUCUUCAUCCUGUCAAAUGUAAUAUGUACUGCUGUUUUCAAAGGAGAGCAGUUGAGUAAUCACCUGUAUUAAAGCCAUUUUGUUUGCCUUGACUUUUUUGUGGACUGGUAACUUUGAACAAAACUGCCAGAUUUAAAACUGUUCAAGUUGCACAGAGAUUUUCUUGAAUCAAACUAAAUUCUAAUUGUCUUCACGAAGAUCUGUAUGUUGUAUUUGAGACUGUUCAUAAAUUUAAAAGCAACCUUAACAGGUAGGGGAUCAUUUGAAAAUAUUUAAAACAACUAAAAUUUUAUUUUCAGGUUUUUUACAAAAAACACAAAUGGGACCAAAGUUUAUGUGCCUUCAGUAGAUGUGUAAUUGUUUUGCUAUAUCUUUCAGUGUUUAGACUCAAACUGUUCUUUUUAAGAAAAUGUGUAUUUAUAUAGUAAAAUACCAAAUGACCCAUAAACGUUCCAUAUGUGCAGUCAGUUGCUUCCUAUAUCAGUUGGGUUUGUGAUCACUUCACUUGCUACCAUUGUAACAUGAAUCAUGCUGCACCAUGAGGAAUCCAAGUUAAACUCCUUUAUGUCUGGCUUGUGGUUGGCACAUAGAUUUCAGCUAAGGAAAUAAAAAGAUAGUGAGGAUAUCUGUAUUCAGAGAUUCACUGUAUUAAAAUAAUGGAUGUAUCCCUAGUCAGAAUUUUCCAUUCUUGGACCUAUGUGCAGUAAUCAGAAUUAUAAUGAAAAAUGCAAUUCUUGCCCCAGUUUCCUUUUCUGUUCCUGAAAACAAUCCAUCCCACUCUCUCAAAAUAUGGUUGCUGACCAAGCAGAUUGUUGCAUCAGAUUGUCACCUCACUGCAAUGACCAAAGAUUGUCUGUGUUGGUUUUAUGAAGACAUCCCAUCAGUUUUUUUUUCUUUCUGUCAAGCUAUUUUUCCUGAAAGACUCCAUGUAAAGUGGCCUUUUAUAUGAAUGCUGUUGUUGGAUGAAAUACUUCAUGGGAAUUCAAAUUUUUAAAAAUGUGAACCAAAUGUAAUGGCUUAAGACAAGGGGUAUUGGAAUACCUAGUACUGUAUUCAGAGAAAAAAGGUGCACAAUUACAAGAGUCAGACAUUCCCUAUCUUUCCAUGUGUUCAUUAAACCCUUUUUAUGUUUGUAAAAAUGUUCAUCUAACACAAGAAAAUGCUGUAAAUAUUUGUAACAACGUUUUUUACCUGGCAAAAAAAAGGUUUUUGGGAACAAGUAUAAAAUGGUUUUUAUAUUUAAAAAAACAUCAAUUGUCUUGUAUAUUUUGAUAAGCAACAGUACCAGCUUUCAUUUGUUAAGCAGCUUGUGGCAUUGGAGGGGGAAAAAAGGAUUCCAUGUUGAGAUGAGUUGAUGUUAUAAAUGCGAAGAAGUUGAAAUAUUAAAGAAACCUAUUUUCUAA